CAAUUCCUGCGUCUCCUGUCAGAUCUCCGCUGCAUUCAGGGUCGCGCCGCGGGGAGUAGGGGAGCGUGGUAGGCAGCGGCCACGCUCUGGCAGGGACGCUAGAUUGGAGGCUCAUGUGUGGUGUGUGUAUGUCUGACCUGCCUCGCGCAGCUCAGGAGGAGGGAUUCACUAGGCUGGGGUACCUCUUUUGGAGAAGGUGAGGACAGGCUGAGGUCUGUGACCAUGAAGGUCAAAGUCAUCCCGGUACUUGAGGACAACUACAUGUACCUGAUCAUUGAGGAGCACACACGGGAGGCAGUGGCUGUGGACGUGGCUGUGCCCAAGAGGCUGCUGGAAAUUGCAGGCCGCGAGGGGGUGUCUCUGACCAUGGUGCUGACCACCCAUCACCACUGGGACCACACACGUGGAAAUGCUGAGCUGGCGCACCUGCGGCCGGGACUGGCGGUGAUGGGAGCAGAUGAGCGCAUCUGUGCGCUAACCCGCAGGCUGGCACAUGGGGAGGAGCUUCGGUUUGGGGCCAUCCAUGUACGAUGCCUCUUGACGCCGGGCCACACCUCUGGCCACAUGAGCUACUUCCUGUGGGAGGAUGAAUGCCCGGACCCACCAGCUCUCUUCUCUGGUACCUUGCAGCCUGGACUCAUCAUCCACUUAUGCAAUUUCACUGUGCCCUCCCUACCCCCUUCUGACCCUCUUUCCUCCCUAGGGGAUGCUCUGUCAGUGGCAGGCUGUGGCUGGCAUCUGGAGGAUACUGCACAGCAGAUGUACCAGAGCUUGACCAAGAUCCUGGACACCCUGCCACCCCAGACGAAGGUGUUCUGUGGUCAUGAGCAUACACUGAACAAUCUUGAAUUUGCGCAGAAAGUGGAGCCCUGCAACGACCAUGUGCGAGCUAAGCUGUCCUGGGCCCAGAAGAGAGAUGAUGAUGAUAUACCUACUGUGCCUUCGACACUGGGCGAGGAGCUCUUGUACAACCCUUUCCUGAGGGUAACAGAGGAUCCAGUUCGUGAGUUCACAGGCCAGGUGGCACCGGCCCAGGUCCUGGAGGUACUCUGCAGGGAGCGAGCACGCUUCCAGCUUGCUUUGGAGCCACCGCAGACCCAGGUUCGGGCACUCCUGGCCUUGCAGUGGGGGCUUCUGAGUACACCCCAGGAAAAAUGAGCCAUGUGGGGAGGCUGCUUGUCUCCACACCCCUUCUCCUGAUCUCAAGCUGACUGGAACCCUGGCCUCCAGAACAUUCCUCUGAGGCCCUGCCACCCCGCUUUAAAGAACCAGCAAAUGGUGCUUUCCCUGUCUCUACUGCUCAGGGGGCCAGACAGGCGGACUCUCUGGAGGAGCUGUUGU